GUAUAAAAAACAUAACAAUUAUAAGUUGGGUUGUUAAUAAUUAGUGGCCGGUGAUAAAUGUUUGCUUUAUUUAAUCCAUAUUAUAUUGGGUUGAUUGUUAUGAGGGAAGAAGGAGAUGCUGUAAACGAGUCCACGAAAAAAAAACCUCCGAUGAACAAUAACCCCAUGUUUUGAGCGAUAAAAUCGUAAGGAACAGUGCCCAAUACUUGCACUUUUAAUAAAAUUGGUCAUAUCAGAUAUAGAGUAUAAAAAACAUAACAAUUAUAAGUUGGGUUGUUAAUAAUUAGUGGCCGGUGAUAAAUGUUUGCUUUAUUUAAUCCAUAUUAUAUUGGGUUGAUUGUUAUGAGGAAAGAAGGAGAUGCUGUAAACGAGUCCACGAAAAAAAAAACCUCCGAUGAACAAUAACCCCAUAUUUUGAGCGAUAAAAUCGUAAGGAACCGUGCCCAAUACUUGCACUUUUAAUUAAUUGAUUGAUUGAUUUUGGAAAGAAAACCUACCUUUAGGUAAACUGUAAACAAACCCAAGCUUGGUAAAAGACUUUCCCUAUAUGCUUCGAUUAUUGAAUUCUUGAACUAAUACGGAAUUCAACUUUGACCAACCAGCGUCUAUCAUGGGGGAAAUUAGAGCCCACCACAGGCCACAGCUACCUUUUUCCUCCGCGCGCGGGCGUCCAAAUUCUUCUUCGAUUCCCGCAACCAUGAACGAUCAAGAAAGAAGGCGAUCACCAUGUACGACGUCAACCACCAGAAUCCUUCUGCCUCACGCUGUGGUCUUUAUCUCUAUCUCGAACCCGCCCUGCGCGGUAAAAGUUAGGGAUGAUGGUGGUGGCACUGAAGGUGUUCGACGAAAGUCCUCAGAGGCAUGAUGCAUGGGGCCAGGAGACAAAACGGAGGCGUAUAUCUAGGUGGAUUCCCCGGUGUUUGAGCAAGUGGGUUCAAUCUAUAUCUCAAACUACAUGUCGAUGGCUUCACUGUUGUGCUGAUCCCCCCCUCUUUAUGAACGACCCAGACGGUAUUAAUUGAUCGUAGUCCAAGUAGGCAGGGGAGGAAAGUUCAGCAUUGCCAUUCAGUGAACGUCUCCAUUUUCAAGUGAGUACUGGGUACUGAGUAUAGGCGCUAUUCGAUCUAUAUUCAGAUGGUCUCUCUCUUCCCCUCUUUAGUUAUGCUUCAGCCUUAAUGACAUUUCACUGUUUUUGUCUGGGUAGUUGGGACGGACUGCAAGUGGCCUGGUCAAAAUUUAUCUAAUGCAUUCGCGAUGCUAGCUUAGGCUGACUGGGAGCUAUCAGCAGAACAUAGGUUGCUUGCCCAAAGUCGUUCCAAUACUUGGUGGGAGAACUUCCUGUUCUGUCAGUGCAAUUUGCAUGGAGCUGAUUUGGACUCGUUCAAACAACCUGCAAAUGACUUGAUGAGAGCCUGGGCUAACUCCUUACUUGUCUGCGAUUUAUUGCAUUUGGGGCUCACGUAUGAGUUUUGAACUUGCUACAAGGGCUACAAAAGGUAGCAGCAUUGUUACCCAUAUGUAUCCACCAUGUUCUGGUUUAAGAAGCGGCUAUGCUUUUAAAUACUAGGUCUUUUCAACAAUGGCUUCUCAGUCAAUCCACUGAUGUUAGGCGGGGAUUAUAAAUAACUUCUGUUACAGUAGAUGUUGCCAUAGGAGCACUUGACGAAUUCAAAACUGCUUGAAUCUUUCCAUUCCUCGUUAGCCAGACUGGGAAGGUUCAACUAACCUUGGGCUCCAUGCCAAUCAGUGAGCAGUCUCCAUUUUCAAGUGAGCAUAUCUAUCCCUUCUAAUUAUCUGCAUCCAGAACAUCUCUCUUACAUUCUUUAAUUCUGCUUCAUGACAUCUCAUCUGGUUAAUUUUGAAUAAAAUUGCAAUCUGUAUAGCCUUUACUUGAGACAUAUUAUUGAAGAUGAGUGCAACUAUUAACCUUGUUAUGGUAAAGUUUAUUCAUCCUCAGCUAAAGUAGGACAGAAUUGGCUCAGUCAGUGUGAAACAUAAAAGUAACAAUGGGUUUAGUUAGAGGUUAAUUAGAUCAGCAGACGGUCAGUUUACGUAUGAAGAUGUCGUUUACAUUUGAAGUUUUCUCGAUCUUUUAUCAUUUUUCCUGUUAACUAAUUUCAUUGGAAAAAAGCUUGUCAUUUGAUUGGAUUCUUUCCCUUUCACCGCCUGCAAUUUGCAUGAGGCUGAUACUGACAUGGGCGUUGAAUUUCAGGAAUCCAGUUGGAGUUCUUAAAAAGCAAAGCCGCUUCUUAACCAAAACAUUGGCAUUUCUCAGCAAUGUCUUCUCUGUCGAAACUCCACUGCACAUUCUCCUUCUUCCUCCUCCUAUUGCUGCCAUUCCCGGCCGACUCACAACCUACCAGCACCAACAUCUCACUCAGCUCCUUCCUCACCACAACAUCAAACGCCUCCUGGCUAUCCCCAUCUGGCGAUUUCGCCUUCGGGUUCCAACGAAUCAACAUCCAGGCCUUAUUCCUGCUUGCAAUAUGGUUCAACCGAAUCCCGGAGCAAACCAUCGUAUGGUCUGCAAACCGGAACAACCCUGUUCCAACCGGAUCCAGGGUUCAGCUCACCUCGGAUGGCCUAUUGGUUCUCACUGACCCAUCUGGAAGAUCUAUUUGGACUGCCAACUCUGUUAGAACUGGAGUUUCUCAUGCAUCCAUGCUCGAUACUGGAAACUUUGUGCUGGCAGAUAGCAACUCUUCCAAUUUAUGGGGCAGUUUUGAUCAGCCGACCGAUACAUUGUUACCCACCCAGACACUGAAUCAAGGUGGGGAACUGAUCUCCAAGUAUUCCAGGUCAAAUCACUCGAGCGGAAGGUUCAAGUUGAUCCUGCAUACUGAUGGCAACUUGAUGAUGUACACCACAGCAUAUCCUCAAGAAAAGGAAGUCUAUUCUUACUGGUCGACCGAGACUCUUCCUGAAGGCUACAGAGUGAUGUUCAACCAGUCUGGGUUAGUCUACUUGAUGGCAAAGAAUGAAACCGUGCUUAGCUACCCACUCGGUACAGAUGGAGAAUCAACGCAGGAUUUCUUCCAACGGGCGACCAUGGAUUACGAUGGUGUGUUCAGGAAAUACUUGUACCCCAAGAGUAAUACCUCUUCUGGGGGAAGCGGAUGGGCAAUGAAAUGGAACACACAAGCUAUCCAACCGCCAAAUAUAUGCACGAGCGUCAGAGGACUCUAUGGUGGCGGAGCCUGCGGGGUUAACAGUUACUGCCACAUGGAGAGUGGUCGAGAAGAGAAUGCUGCUAGUCCCAGCUGCAAGUGCCCUCCUAGGUAUGUGUUUAUGGAUCCCUCUGAUGAGAGCAAAGGCUGCAUGAAGAACUUUGCAUCUCACGACUGUCGUGCAGAAUCAAACGGAAGCGGUGAUGGUCAGUUUGAUAUCAUGGAGAUACCCAGUACAAACUGGCCGGAUUUUUUCUACGACCAGCUGGAAUCACAGACGGAAGGUAUGUGCCGACAGGCUUGUCUCAGUGAUUGCUUGUGCGACGUGGCGAUUUUCUUGGGUGGAUUUUGCUGGAAGAAGAGGAUGCCUCUAACCAAUGGGAGAAUGGAAGAAGGUGCAUCAGUCAAAGCCCUGAUCAAAGUAGGGAGAUCUAACUCUUCAUCAUUUGCGUAUCCAAGGAAGAAAGAUGAAUCAAGUCUGAAACUUACUGGAGGGCUGCUUAUAGGAAGUUCAGUCUUCCUUAAUCUGCUCUUACUGUCGACAACCCUACUUUUCUUUUCAUGGUGGAGGAGGAACAACAAACGAGGACAACUUCACCCAACUUCCUCUGUGAAUCUGCUGAGCUUUUCAUACAGCCAGCUAGAAUCAGCAACAGGAGGGUUCAAGGAGGUUCUGGGUCGUGGCGCUUCUGCAACAGUUUACAAAGGGAUUCUUCAGAACGUUGGAGAAACAGUUACCAUUGCAGUGAAAAAGAUGGACAAGUUGUGGGGUGUAGAGGAAGGGGAAGACGAUAAUCGAGAAUUCACCACGGAAGUCAAAGUCAUAGCCGGAACGAACCAUAAGAAUCUAGUGAAACUCGUGGGAGUCUGCAGCGAAGGCAAAAACCACCUUCUGGUUUAUGAGUACAUGAGCAAUGGCUCCUUAGCCAGCUUGCUGUUCAAAGCAGAUCCGAGGCCUAAUUGGUACACAAGGACCCAAAUUGCCAUCUCAGUCGCCAGAGGCCUGGUCUACCUCCAUGAAAAAUGCAGCACCCAGAUCAUCCACUGCGACAUCAAGCCACAGAACAUUCUCCUAGAUGAGUCUUUGACUGCUAAAAUCUCGGACUUCGGGCUGGCCAAGCUUCUGAAGGUGGAGCAGACCCGGACCAUGACUGCUAUUCGUGGGACCAAAGGCUAUGUGGCUCCUGAAUGGUUCAGGAACAUGGCAAUCACCACAAAGGUUGAUGUUUACAGCUUUGGGGUCGUGUUGCUGGAGCUCGUCUGUUGCAGGAGGGGGUUUGAGAUGGAGGGUUAUGAGGAAGAGGAGAUGGUGCUUGUGGAUUGGGCUCAGGAGUGUUAUGGUGCGAGGAUGGUGAGAAGGUUGGUGGAGAAAGAUGAAGAGGCAAUAAAAGAUUUGGUGAAAGUGGAGAGGUUUGUGAAGAUUGGGCUGUGGUGUGUUCAGGAGGAUCCGUGUUUGAGACCUGAGAUGAAGAAAGUGGUUCAUAUGUUAGAAGGGGCUGUCGAGAGUAGGCAGGGAAAAGGAAGGCUCAGGAAUGCGAGGUCUCCAUGGUAAUCAAUGAGCAGUCUCCGUUCUCAAGUGAGCAUCGCUAUUCCGUCUACAUUCAGAAGGUCUCUCUCUUGCCCAUUUAACUGUUCUUUUGUCUCUGAUCAUUUGAAUUUGAAUUUGCUAAAAGAAGCCUUGACCUGCGAUGAUCUUUCUUUAUGUGCUGAAGUAUUUUUUUUUUUUUUUUCCUUUGAGAGUUAUGUUUGGCAGGGAUUAUAAAUAAUUUCUGUUACAGUCGAUGUUGCCAUGUUGGUAUCGAAUUUGGAGCUCAUUUUGACGAAUUCAAAACUAAUUGAAUCUUCCCAUUCCUCGUUGGCGGGGGAUACUUCUCAUAGCAGCAUGCAACUGCAAGUGGGUUCAAUCAAAUAUAUAUCCCAAAUGGGAUGUUGAUGGCUUCACUAUUUCACUAAACCAAUGGUUGAUCGAGUAGGCUGCCAGAUAGGGAAGGUUCAACGAAUCUUGGGCUCCAUGCCAAUCAGUGAGCAGUCUCCAUUUUCAAGUGAGCAUAUCUAUCCCUUCUAAUUAUCUGCAUCCAGAACAUCUCUCUUGCAUUCUUUAAUUCUGCUUCAUGACAUCUCAUCUGGUUAAAUUUUGAAUAAAAUUGCAAUCUGUAUAGCCUUGACUUGGGGCAUAUUAUUCCUACCCAUGAGCUAAGUUGGGCAGAAUUGGCUUAGCCAAUGUGAGACAUAAAAGUAACCCAUUCACCCCGAAUGGCACUAGCUAAUCAGUUUGAAUGGAUAAUAACAUUCAUACAAGGUUCAAGAAGGCGUUCGGCGCUAGUCAGUGUGAACACAUGCAUUUAUUAUACGCUAUGAUAGACUUGCCUUUCCCAUUUAUACUCUGUGGAAAACAGUUCGAGAUGGCUGGAUACCAAUCGAGUUAAAUUGAUUUGCAGGGUACCUGCAUCUAGCUGGCUGGCUACCAUGGAGGAGAGUGCAUCCCGAGAAGAAGACACUUCGAGUUACAGCCUCGAAUAUAAGGAGAGGAGCACCUUACCAGCAUCCACGAGCUGACGGAUGCGAUGCUCAGAACGUGGACAGCAGAACAACUCCGGCAAGCAUCGGGUCUCCCCGGAAACUGAGGUUCAAUGGUGCAUCAAGAGGCUAGCUCCUGGAACUGGGGGAAAUGGUGGUGGUGGGGACGAUUUAUUAUUUGCUCCCCAAGUCCUAGUAAUACUAAGAAAUAUUCUACACCAAAAAUUGUGUGUGGCUAAGUUAGUAAAAGGUAAUACACUGGAAAGUUUUGCAAAAACUAACUUUAAGUUUGAUAAUAUGGUUUGUAGCUAGGAGAGUUUGGCGGUUGUGGUUACUAGCGUGCAAGGUUUUGGUCCGCAUUGGAUUGCACCAUAUCACAUCUGACAUUUGUAUCCGACAAUAUCUCAUAAUUAGUUAAACAAUUUAGGUAAUUUAUUAUGAUUCUUAAUCUUGAUGAGUCGACAGACUUAUUAGAUAUAGCAAUAGAUCGACUGAUUGAGUAAUUUGAUUCAAUUGUCAUGAUACAUAUGGGUAUUAGGUCAUAUCCAAACGAACUUGUAUACUCAAUUACUUAUCUUGGCCAUUUGGGGGAAAAAAACAUUAUACUAAUGUUGUUUCGAUUGUCAUUCUAACAUUUUUUUUUCUUUGUCAGGAAAAAACAGAGUGCUUAAAGGAUGCCACAAUCUUGAUGUACUAAUGAUCAAAGUUAAGAGACCACUAAUCUUAUUGGCAACUAUUUCCAACUGGCAGGCUUUGGUUGACUGUCCAUCACUAACUGGAGGGAAGUUCUGGAACAAUAGCAUUCUUGUCCUGCCCAAUAAAAAGCCCAUAAAUCAACCAACCUCUUUACUUUUGCUCCAGAAACACUUUGGUCCCCUCACCUAGUAUGCUAAUUCCUUACUAACUCCCCAAGUUCUCAAUUUUGUUGUUUCUUGUGGCUAAAACUCCCAAUCUUUACUUCUUCUUUUUUUUUAAACUCCCAAUCUUAUAUUUUCUUUGGAUGGUCUUGCAGCUUUCUUCUUUUUUUUUAAAUGAAUAUAGAGGAAAAUUUCUUAGUCAACUAUUUCGCACAUAAAAGUUUUUUGUUCCUCUAUUUUUAUACUAUAUUCCUCGUGUUUUAAUUGCUCUAUGUUCAGGAAUAAUCGACUUUUUCCAUUUUUUUAUGAUCUAGAGAAUAGACGUUUCUAGUUGCA